UAUUUACGUCAGAAAUUGCAAGAAUGUUGGGUACAGGAAGAGAGGAAGAUACGAAAACCAUGGAACCCGUGGAUACCAUCCUGGACAGUGUUGACGCCAGUCAAUGAUGUUUCUAUGUUCAGUACCUAUUCCACAUUUUAUGAUAACAUACCCUCACCAAAAAAAGCACGAAUUGGAUCUUCAGCUGGAAGUGCAGCUCUGCAAAGUGAAAUAUGAGUGAAACCGUGAAGCUACAAACCUGAUAUGGCCUUCUGGCUUUUAGCAAUAUGUUCGCUACUUCUUGGUUUCUACUGGUACACAAGAAAACUGCCCUCCAUCUUCGGCACUGUGACAGGAGACGACUGUCACCUCACCAACGGAGCUGUCACUCCUGACAGGCACACCAAUGGAUCCGUCAGUCCUGACCGGCGCACCAACGGCUCUGCCAGCCCCGACUGUCAACAAACUGUCAAUGAGAACGGGGUGCGUCGUGGCCGAUCGGCACCUCUGCACCUGGGCAGCGGAAGUCCGAGGUCCUCUUCUUCAGAGCACUCAUCUGACCGUGUCACUCCGCACUCCCCUGAGGUAACGGCCAAGCUGCACUAUAAGAACGGUGACCUGAUCUCGGGCUCUCUGGAGGAGCUGAUCAGACACCUGAUCCCGACCGCCAAUCACUACCCCGACCGGGCCUACAUCUUCGCCUUCCUACUCUCCGCCAGGCUCUACAUUCGGCCCCACGAGCUUCUUCAGAGGCUGGCCAAUGUGACCAAAACGGAGGGAACAACUCACCAGCAGCGGACAAACAACGCCAAGGUGGCCACGGGCGUGCUUCAGCUGCUCUCGGAAUGGUCGGACACAUUCCCGUACGACUUCCGUGAUGAGCGAGUGAUGGCUCAGGUGCGGGUCAUCUCACAGCGCUGCAUCCAGGCCAACCAAGCCCUGCAAGGCGAGGUGAGAACAGUUCUGGAGAGUUUGCUCGACAAACUCACGUGCCUGGAGAAAUACGAAGAUUACGUGGAGAAGCUCAACAUUGAGGCGGUCAAGUCCCAAAACAGCACCAAUGUGACGGAUAUCAGCGAGGUAUGCCCGUCGCCGGCGGUGCUGUCUCAGCAGCUGACACAUAUCGAGCUGCAGCGACUCUCCUACAUCGGACCGGAGGAGUUUGUUCAGGCAUUUGCAAAGGAGUCUCCUCGAAUUGACACAGCCUACAAGGACCUGAAGACGACCAAGAACCUGGAGAACUACAUCCAGUGGUUCAACAGGCUCAGCUACAUGGUGGCCACAGAAGUCUGCAUGCACGUGAAGAAGAAGCAGCGGGUCCGCCUGAUCGAGUACUGGAUAGAGGUGGGACGCGAGUGCUUCAACACGGGCAACUUCAACUCUCUCAUGGCCAUCAUCGCCGGACUGAACAUGUCGCCUGUCGCCCGGCUCAAGAAGACGUGGUCUCGAGUGGACAGCGCUCAGUUGUCUGUUCUCGAGCAACAGAUGUCACCGUCCUCAAACUUCCUCAGCUACAGGAGGACACUGCAGGCUGCGAUGUGGCGUUCUUCCAACUCUGACACGGGCUCCGAUGGCAGACAGAGGAUUGUCAUACCGUUCUUCUCACUACUCGUCAAGGAUCUGUACUUCCUCAACGAGGGAUGCGCCAACAGGCUGGUGGACGGCCACAUCAACUUUGAAAAGUUCUGGCAGCUGGCCAAGCAGGUGACUGAGUUCAUAGCCUGGAAACAGGUGACCUGUCCGUUUGUGAAGGAGAACAAGGUCAUUCAGUACCUGAUGACCGGUCCCGUCUAUGACGAACAUGCUCUCUGGCUGGCCUCUUACGACUGCGAGCACCCGGAGAACAGCUUCGAGAAGGACCGGCUCAAGGUUCUCAAGUCCGAGAACGGAACUCCGUAGUGACAUCAUCACGUACCUGAUGACGUCACACGCCGCCUUGAGGAGUGACGUCACACCCACCGCCGGACAGUGACGUCACAUCAGUCGCCGGGCAGUACAAAACGACACAGACGCGGCGUUUGCAGCCAACUGACGUUGAUGACGUCAUAUGUAUGACGUCACAGGCGGCGGUGGUGGCUGUCGCUACUUGCUAGUCAUCGGAAGUGUUCCUGCGAGUGAUUACGAGUUUUUGUGAAUGUUUGCGAGAGUGUGAGAGUGUAAAGUGUGUCCGGUGCAAUACCGAAGUCCCAGCACCAGAAUGUUGACGCCAUCGACUCGCUGGUCCAAUCCAGUGAUGACUCGCCGCUAGGUGAACAUGGCGACACUUUGACGUCAAUGUGACGCCAUACUGACGUCACUGAGUGUUGAUGUUGUGCCGCACUGACGUGUCUCCGUAUGAUGUGAUUGUCUUAGCCGUCGCUGUCUGCUACGAUGGUUGUACCAAGAGAUUCACAGUCACUGUAUUGAGAGGUUGAUUUGCGCGGCUGAGCCCAUCCCACGUUGCUAUGCGGAUACCAAUCUAAGCGAUGCGGACUGUUCUUGUCAUAUAUCCACCCCCUCCAAGGGUUGACCGAGGGCCGCUGAUUUGACAUUGACAGUGACUCGAUCCUUCUUUGCUGCCAGUCAAGGCAGCCUUCCCAAGCUGCAUUCUGACUGUUGCUGAUGCCUGAUACCGUGUUGAGUUGGGUGAAGUCUUCAAUGAGGCAGCUAUUGCGAUCGUGUAUUGUUUUUUUUU